AUGUCAGGGUUAAAGGAAUUGCUGAAGAAAGGGUUAGGAGACAUGGCCUUCAACGCCGGCGGAGGAGCCAUCACCUGGUUCCCCGGCCACAUGGCCGCCGCCACACGCGCUAUCCGCCACCGCCUCAAACUCUCGGACCUCGUCAUCGAAGUCCGAGAUGCUCGCAUUCCCCUCUCCUCCGCCAACGCAGAUCUCCAGCCACACCUCUCCGCAAAACGACGCGUUGUCGCACUGAAUAAGAAAGACCUUGCCAAUCCUAACAUCAUGCAUAAGUGGAGGCAUUAUUUCGAAACGUGCAAGCAAGAUUGCAUUCCGAUAAACGCGCACAGCAAGAGUUCCGUGACGAAGCUUUUGGAACUGGUGGAGUUCAAGUUGAAGGAAGUCAUAUGCAGGGAACCGACUCUGCUUGUGAUGGUGGUCGGUGUUCCCAACGUUGGCAAGUCUGCUUUGAUUAACUCCAUUCAUCAGAUUGCACAGUCUCGCUUUCCUGUGCAGGAGAAGAUGAAGCGUGCUGCUGUUGGUCCGCUACCUGGUGUUACUCAAGACAUUGCAGGAUUUAAGGUCCGGUUAACAAACAUUAAUAUGAACAUAAACAGAACUGCAAUUCUUUUGAUUCUAUUGUUGUUCGUGGGAAGCAAAGCACAGUUUUAUGCCAGAAACAAUUCUGCCUCCAUUCUGUUUCAUAUAGCACAUAAACCAAGCAUAUACGUCCUAGAUUCCCCAGGGGUUCUGGUUCCAAGCAUCUCGGACAUAGAGACAGGGUUAAAACUGGCCCUGGCAGGGUCUGUCAAAGAUUCAGUAGUGGGUGAAGAGCGUAUUGCUCAAUAUUUAUUGGCAGUGUUGGACACCCGGGGGACUCCACUUCACUGGAAGCACCUAAAUAACAGGAGAAUUGAUGGGAUUGAAUACGAACCUGAGGAGAAUCAUGAAUAUAGUCUGAAAAAUCUUAAGCCAAAGAGAAGAAAUCUGCCAAAUAGAUCUGAUUUGGUCUAUGUUGAGGAUCUUCUAAUGGGAGUUCAACAUGCACUCUAUUCAACUCUAACAGAAUUCGAUGGGAAUGUAGAAGAUGAAAGUGACUUGGAGAGCCUUAUUGACCUGCAAUUUAGUGCACUUCAAAAGGCAAUGAAGAUACCUCACAAAGCUUCAGAAGCACGGUUAAUGGUAUCCAAGAAGUUACUUACUCUAUUCAGAACUGGUAAGCUUGGUCCUUUCAUUCUUGAUGAUGUCCCGGAUGUCAAGCCUGUAUCCUAA